UCCUGGAUUCGAACCUGUGGCACCAGAUAUGCCACUGAACUAUUCGUCCUUCCCUCCUUAAAUCAAGCGGGAAGAACUACUACGGCGUCACUAUGACGCGCCCGCCAGUGGGAGGAGAAGGAAAGGAGAUGGGGGGGAAACAAAUCCAUAAAAAGUUCAGUAGUUCACAGCGUGGGAAAAUGGCUUUCCGGGACUGGUUGCUGGUGCUGUUUGCGUCCCGUCUUUCUCUUUCUGGCUGUGACGGUCUGAGAAAUUGUCCUUCUACUAACUUCUCCUUAUCUGAAGAUUCAUCUAUGAUCCUUGCAGCAAAUAUAACAAACCACGACAGCAUCCUUGAUUUAUACAAAAAGAAUGAGUCUACCUCUGAUUGGGAAUAUGUCCUGUGCAUAAGGAAUGGGCAUAUUAGCUGUUGGAACAGUGAACAUGCCUCUUACUUCUCUCUAUCACACAAUGACUUUGCUGUCAAGAAUGCUAAAGAAGUCAUAACUGGUUAUUAUAAAUUUGUUCGUUCCCUUAACUCAUCUUGCAUGCAGCAAUUCUUCAUUGCGGUUUUUGGUUCAAAAGGCACCGAUGACAUAGCCUGGAUUUGGAUUUGCUCUGCCUUAAGUAUCCUGGUUGUGGUGGCUGUACUUGUUGCUGUACCUGUGACAUUUUGUUUGAUCAAAAGAAACAGAAGAGGAGGAGAUCGCGUUGAAAGAGUUCCAGGGUGUGAAAAUGGAUCUCCUGCAUGCAUGCUCAAUGGAAUUCAAAUGGACAACCUUGCCCACGUAGUAGAAACAACAGAGAUAUCUCACUGAAGAGUGACAGCUUGUCACAAGACACUGUAAGCUGGCUUCCUCCAACCUGUGGGCCCUUCAGGUGUGUUAGCUUGCCCUGGUACUCAGCCAGCAUUUCCAUUGAUAAGCUAUAAUAAGAAUGUCAAACAUAGUAUUUCCUUUCUUGUGCCUAUCUUCCUUUCUUAUUUUUCCAACAAAAACUAUGUGUUCCAUGUCUGGACGCUCUUGACUUCAUUAGGCUGCUGUGGGUUGGGCUUGGCUUCACUUGUCCAAAUCUUGGGUUUCCUCUUGUGCUGCUAUUUCCUCCUUGUUUCUCUGUGGCUUUUUUGUUUGUUUGUUUGUUUUUGAUCCUGGUUUUGUU